CCGUGAUAGGCGGAACUGGAAAUGUGAAGCAAUUGAACGUAACUUUGCCCAAAGUAUGCGUGACGAUGCUGCGUCACCAACAAAAAUAACAAGAGCUGAAAUCAUGGCUUCUCGUGGAAGUGAUAGGAGGGAUGAGACAAACAGUGAAGAUGAGUCCUAUGAAAUUUUGGAUAUUACAGAAUAUGCAAGACGUCACCAUUGGUGGAGUCGGGUGUUUGGACGGAACUCUGGGCCUCUUACAGAAAAAUAUUCUGUGGCUACACAAAUCAUAAUGGGUGGAGUCACUGGCUGGUGUGCUGGAUUUCUGUUCCAAAAAGUUGGAAAACUUGCAGCAACAGCGGUAGGAGGUGGCUUUCUUCUUCUUCAGAUUGCAAGUCAUGGUGGCUAUGUACAAAUAGAUUGGAAGAGAGUUGAGAAAGAUGUGAACAAGGCAAAGCGAAAGAUUAAAAAACAAGCAAACAAAGCUGCUCCUGAAAUUAACAACUUGAUUGAAGAGUCCACAGAUUUUAUCAAACAGAACAUUGUUGUGUCCAGUGGAUUUGUUGGAGGCUUCUUACUAGGUCUUGCAUCUUAGAAAGAUGUAAAUAGUGGACUCAUUCCUGUUUAAAGGCUGAGUAAGAUACACCUCAGAAGUGGUCACGGAAAACAACUGACACUUAAUAAUAAAGACGGUUUUGUUUCUUAAGGGGUUUCCCUGUAAACACUUUUCAAAAAAUAGGACAUGCUUAUAAAGAACGUGGGGCAUAGUCUGAGCCUACUACACAUUAAUGGACUGAGAUUUGACUAGUUAAAAACUUUUUUUUUUUUUCUGCACUGCUCUUUAUAUUCUAAUAGCUUUUUGUUUAGUUUCUAAAGGCACUGGGGGGGGCUGUCUGUUUCUUUUUAUUUAGUUGUAUAAUGCCUAUUUGUCAUGAAACAGCCCUAAAUGUAAGUUACUGUUACUUUUUUAUUUAUUUAAACAUAUUUUUUUUCCAGUCUAGUGCCAAAACAUGUACUGUAAUCAAUCCAUUGGUGAAUGUUAUUUAAAAAAUAAAAAUGACUGUGUGCUUUAGAUUAUUCUAAAGAAAUAUACUAAUAAAGUUUAAGAAUGUAAUUUAACGUGUUUGUGUUCUUUCACAAACUCUGUAUAUUUUUCUUUUAUAUUGCUUAACAUCUAGGGCAUAUAUUCCAAUUUUUAUCCAUUAUUGAUUUGUCUUUCAGUUUUCUUCUGCCUUAUUUUUAUUUGUGGCUAUACAAAUUAUACUUUAAUAAUGAUGAAAGAGCUUAUUUGCAGAAGAUACAUUGGAAUACAGAAGAAAAUGAAAGGUGAAAUGAUUAAAGGACUCUUAAUAAAGGACUCAUUUUCAUGUAUGCUUUGAUCUGUCUGUAGAGUACAUUCUUUAUUUCGUGAAUUUUGUUAGAAUUGUGGGUCAUGCCAUGAUAUUACAUUUCAAUGCACAAUAUUUAUAUACUGAGAUACACAUAAAAGGUCACUUAUUAAAGUCAAUCAAAAAUUA